GGAAUCCCAGGAGAGAUGGUGGAAAGGGCACUGGUUUUGGAGGUAGUCUCAUGUUCAAACCUCAGUUCUCCUCUAUGUAAGCUAAGUGACCCUGGGCAAGUCACUUGCCCUCUCUGAACCUUCAUUUCCCAUCUCUAGGAUGGGGAGAAUGAUGGCGACCCCCCUCAUGGGGUUGUGAUGAGGAAUAAAUAGGAAACUCCAUGAGAAGUCUGAGCCAACAUGAGAUGGGGGCUCUUUAAAUGCGCAUGUCUCACCCUCUUUGCCAGAGGGGAUGUUGGAUUCCUUGAAGGCAAGGAAUCUGUGCUCUUGAAAUUGAUGAAAAGGAGAGGAGCAAUAGGACCAAAGAGUCCUGCUGGGUCUCACCUCUCAAAUGCCUGCAGUAGAUUCCUAAAGUACUGGCUGGCUGGCUAGGGAAGCAAUUCCACAUAAUGGUUAAGUGUGUGCAUGGCUUUGGAUUCAGAUCUGAGUGAAAUCCUGACCCAGCUGUUUGCCUGCGCCAUGACCUUGGGCCCUCCCCUCCUCAUCUGGGCCUAAUGUCCUCAUCUGGGGAAUGGGUUCGUGAGGAUGUAGAGAGGCCCCAGUGAGCCAACAACUCUCAGAUCAUCAGAGCUUAGGACGUAUGAUGUGGAGAUUCUUAUCAGGACUCCUGAAUUUGCAUUUCCAGCAUUCAUCCUUUACUUCUUGGGUCAGGGGCAGAAGCCCAUGCAGACUUCCUGCAGGCAUCCUCAGUCUAUACUCACUGGCUUUUGGGAGCCCUCAGACAUUUGGAGAAAGGCCAGUCUGACAGAUGAGGGGGAGAGGAAAAAGAAAGCUGGAUCUUUGGAGAAGGAAGGAGAGUGGGAGGGGCACCCUUGAGUCACUUCUCUGUGGGCCUCAAAGCCAAACAUGGCAGGGAAGGAAUCUACUUUAGUUGAGGACCUACUGUGUGCCAGACUCUGUUCCUUCCCUGUAGGGAUAACUUCUACACUUUGCCCAAAGCACCCAUCGCAGCUUCUUCCUAGCCUUGGGAGCCAGGCUGGUAUGGUUCGAAUGCUAACUCCGCCACUUCCUGGCUGUGUGGCCUUGGGCAGCUCUCCCAGCCUAUCUGAGCCUCCCUUCCUCACCAGCAGUGGGUCUGGUAGCAGUCACCUCCUUCAGCACUGUCAGGAGGAUCCCAGGAAGUCUGGUGGGUGGAGGGCCAGCCCCAGGCUCCGGAUGGCCCCCUGGGAGGUCUGCCUCUCUGAUCAUGCCCCACCUCCAAUCCCCUUUUAAACCUUGGGGACAUUAGGCUCUGGGGUUCCAUCCCCCUGCUAUAAUCUGCCACUGCGUUCCUUUUCUUAGAUGUUGCUUGCUGUUCAUCCCAAGUUCUGCCAACCUGUGGCCUUUGAGUUGCUCGAAACAGGCUGAUGGAUGACAUCCACCACCACACCUGCCCCUCUCUGAGACCAAGCCAGGGCCUCGCUCCACCUCUGUCCCAGAAGGUGGCUUAUGCCUCUUGUACAUAGCCUACUUUUUUCUCGUAGGUCGGGGGUAAGCGAGAGACCUUGGGAGGGAUGAGGCAUGAAACAGGAAGGAUGCAACCUUCAGUGUCAGACGGGACCAGAUUCAAAAACAGGCACUGGCCUCACAGGCUGGGUGGUCUCUGGCCAGGACGUCCGCCUCUCUGGGCCUCAGUUUCUUCACUUGGAAGCCACCUGGCAGGGUGCGGCCACGAGUGAAUGGGCCGUGUGGUGAGCCCCCGGCACACACUGGGAGUGCCACAGAGGUGGGACCCUCGGGGCCAGCAAACACCACCCAGCCGUGGGGUUUGUGAAGAGCAUUUCCUCAGCUCCAGAGGUGAGAACAGUUGGUGUUCUAGGAGAGUUUCCAGCUGCUUUUGAGCCUGAAAAGCAGGGCCAGUGGACCUAUUGUUUCAAAAUUGGGACAGGGGCCCUGAAGGUGCCCAUCUAGGGCUGAGGAGAGUGAACAGCCAGGCUUCUGGGCCCCACCCAGGCUGGGGGAGUGGCUGCUAUCAGGGCAAAGAGAAGGAGAACGCUGGCCCAUCAGCUGGCUUAGCAGGCAGCUGCCAGCAGCUACCUGGAGGAGAGGCAGGUGCCAAGGGACAGGACUGUGCCAGCGGUUAGAAGCUGCGUUUGAAACCUGGACUGGUUUUCCCGCUCCAGCUGUGCCGGAUCAUUUUGAUAGGCAGGGAAGAAAGGAACGGGCAGUUUCUAUGGGAAGACCCAGGACUUGAAUCUCAUUUUUCAGAGAGACGGAUCCUCAGAGGCUCUUUCCCUUCUCCGAACCCUUCAGGGGCCCCCAGAGCCUUCUUGAGGACCUUAACCUCCUCUGCUAGGCCUUUAAGACCCUUUGUGUGUAGCUCCUGACUCCCUCUCCACCCUCCCCUUUCCCUCCUACGCUCUAGUCCCUGCAGUUCCCCAAGCGCGCUCGGCUUGUUCUCGCCUCCAGGCCUUUGCCUGUGCUGUUCCCUCUGCCUGAAACACGGUUCCCCACCCUUUAUCAUGCCCCACCCCCAGCCAUUUCUUCCUCAGACUGCAGAGUGGCCCCUCUGAGAAGCAUCCCCAUGGCCCCAGCCCUCUGUGCUGACCACCCUGUGCAGUCAUGGUGUCUUGUGUCCAUGCCCCCUGCUGAUCUCUCAGCUCUGGGGUCAGGGACUGUGUGUGCCUCCUCAGUGUGUGCGUCCCUGCAGCCAGUGCGGCCCUGGCAUGGAGCAGAUGCUCCUUAAAUGUCAGAUGAAGGAGGAAGUGAGGUACUUGAAAAAGAAUGAGGGCACGUUCCCCCCCACCCUCUGCAGCAGUGGGGUCCUAACCCUGGGAGCCGGCGCUUCUGAAGUUGGAGCUUCCUGGGUCCCUUUAUCAAGAAGAGACCUCGACCGAGGGGCCCAGCAGAGGGUCGGAGCCGGCUUGGGAAUCCCAGCUCUGCUGAACACGCUUGGAAGGGGCGUUGGGAUGACCUCACUCCCUGGGAACUCAGUGCAUCUGAGCCCACUUGAGCCAAGAGGGCUGCCACUUAGACCUGGAAGGAGAGGGCUUUUCUCCCAACGAGCAGUGUCGCGUGACCUCCGGCCUCCCCCCUGGGCCUCCUUGCAGCUGCUGACAGGAGUGUUGUGCCUUUCCGGCUGCACUGUGCUGACCGGGUUCUGUUUGCAGAGAAUAGGAGCAGGGAGGAGCCUGGUGGCGGUUUCCAAGUGUGGGCUGGCCCCUUUCCACCCUGGGUGCUGGCCGACCAGGCCUCUGAAACAGAGAACAAAGUCCUGUUAGGCUGGAGUCCGUCUGCUGGGUGCAUGUCACUGCCCUUUUUGGCAGAGGUGAAGGAGGCUUGGUUAUUUUUUUCUAAUCCACUUUCAAACCCACCAAUAGAAAAGUUACUUUCUGUUGCCAAAGGAGACUGAUAUCCCCGCCCUGCUUUGGGUGACGGGAAGCCUUGCCAAACGCCAGCCUUGCCUUUUCCUCUCUAAAGCCCGCGUGCGCGCGCACGUGCGCCCUGUUGCCUCCUACCUCUGUCACUUGAAACAGAGACUUGUUACUGAAGGUCCACAGUCUGAGGUUGGAUGUUGUGCGGGUUCAGAAAGCCCCUGAAGUUGUACAUCAGAUUGUACUCGAGCCCGCCCGCGCGCCUCCUGGCCACCCGGCCUUGCUGCGGCCCUGGCCCGGAGCGGCGCCCGGUCCUGGGCGAAGCGCCGCGUUUCCAUGCACAGGCCAAAGGCAAGAACGUGCGGCUGGACGGCCACUCGCGCCGGGCCACGCGGCGCAACAGCUUCUGCAACGGGGUCACGUUCACGCAGCGGCCCAUCCGGCUAUACGAGCAGGUGCGGCUGCGCCUGGUGGCCGUGCGCCCGGGCUGGAGCGGGGCACUGCGCUUCGGCUUCACGGCGCACGACCCGUCGCUCAUGAGCGCCCAGGACAUCCCCAAGUAUGCCUGUCCUGACCUGGUCACGCGGCCCGGUUACUGGGCCAAGGCGCUGCCCGAGAACCUGGCGCUGCGCGACACUGUGCUGGCCUACUGGGCGGACCGCCACGGCCGUGUCUUCUACAGCGUCAACGACGGCGAGCCCGUGCUCUUCCACUGCGGUGUGGCCGUGAGCGGCCCUCUCUGGGCGCUCAUCGACGUCUACGGCAUCACCGACGAGGUGCAGCUCCUCGAGAGCGGGUUCGCCGACACGCUGACGCCCGCGCGCCUCGGCCAGGCCCGCUUCAGCGCCUGCCUGCCGCCCAGCAGCCACGACGCGGCUAACUUCGACAACAACGAGCUGGAGAACAACCAGGUGGUGGCCAAGCUGGGGCACCUGGCGCUGGGCCGCGCCCCGGGCCCGCCGCUCGCCGACCACGCGGCCGCCGCCAUCCCGUGCGGGCCCCGCGAACGCCCGCGGCCCUCGUCGUCGCCGGCGCUGCUAGAAGCCGACCUGCGCUUCCACGCGACGCGCGGGCCCGACGUGAGCCUGUCGCUCGACCGCAAGGUGGCCUGCGCGCCGCGGCCCGACGGCGGUCGCACGCUUGUCUUCUCCGAGCGCCCGCUGCGGCCCGGCGAGAGCCUCUUCGUGGAGGUGGGCCGCCCGGGGCUGGCGGCGCCCGGUGCGCUGGCCUUCGGCAUCACGUCAUGCGACCCGGGCGGGCUCCGGGCCGCCGAGCUGCCCACCGACCCCUACGCGCUGCUCGACCGCAAAGAGUACUGGGUGGUGGCGCGCGCCGGGCCCGUGCCAAGCGGAGGCGACGCGCUCAGCUUCACUCUGCGGCCCGGCGGCGACGUGCUCCUGGGCGUCAAUGGGCGCCCGCGCGACCGCCUGCUGUGCGUCGACACCACGCAGGCGCUCUGGGCCUUCUUCGCCGUGAGCGGCGGUGCCGCAGGCCAGCUGCGCCUCCUCGGCACCCUGCAGUCCAGCCCAGCAACCACGUCCCCAUCAGGAUCCCUCAGCGGCUCCCAGGACGAUAGCGAUUCCGACAUGGCCUUCAGUGUCAACCAGUCCUCCUCGGCAUCUGAAUCAUCCCUGGUGACGGCCCCCAGCUCCCCACUGAGCCCACCAGUGUCCCCCGUGUUCUCCCCACCAGAGCUGGUGGGCAGCAAGAACAGCGAGUGCGCGGUGUGCUUCGAUGGCGAGGUGGACACAGUCAUCUACACGUGUGGACACAUGUGCCUGUGCCACGGCUGCGGCCUGCGGCUCAAGAGGCAGGCCCGGGCCUGCUGCCCCAUCUGCCGGCGGCCCAUCAAGGACGUCAUUAAGAUCUACAGGCCGUAGCCUGGCCCGCCGACGGCCUUGACCAGAGCAAGGUCACCUUUCUGAAGCCCACCCCUACCCCGGGCCGGGCAACCACCAUGGCCGCCGGGGAGUCCAAGGGCAGCAGCUAUCUUGCCUGCCACUCUCCAGGGGUGGGCAAGGCGUGACAGUCGUGGACAUGAGGCCCCCAGGGGUCUCAGUCCAAGUGAGGGUUGCUUCUGGCUCGAAAGUGCUUUGCCCCCAAAAGGCCGUCCCAAGAGCGAGCUCAGGAACUGCCUGGCAGACUGCCCUGUCCCCCGGUGACCUCUCAGCUGAGAAAUGGCGUCCUCUGUGCAAUGCCUUUUGCUGGCGUUGGGUUGAGUGUGUGAGAGAUGGAGAGGGGAGGGAGACAGUCCAGAGAGGGCGAGUGUGUGAGAAUGACCUAGAGAGCACGUGUAGGUAUUUAUCCAGGGAUCCUGGCUCUAGGAGGUUAUUUAACACUAAGGAAUGUGCAAUCCGGAGCCCAGACGGUAGCGUGACUAGAAGUUGUUCACUUUACAGGGCUGUGACGUCAGCUGGUUUUGAAUGUACAAAGCCUGCACCUAAACAGAACUCCCUCAGGUGGUAUAGAAAAGGGACACUCAGAUUUUCUAAGGCGAGGAAAAAAUAGCUCCUUGUUUACAGCUCCAAAGCGGCAACUCCUUGGGGAGUAGUUGGGCGGAGAACAUAAGAGAACAAUUUGCUUUUUCAGUUUCUAACUCAGUCUUGGAGAGGAGUUUUGACUGGGUGCUGGGGCCAGAGCUCUGGGCAGUGUCUUCUCCAGAAGGCUUGUCACCCCUUCAGCCCCAGACAGCCUGAUUACAAGCACACCACCCCUUGACUCCAUCCCUACCUGCUUUUAGUCUAUAGCAUCCUCACCAUCUCCAAGGAGAAGACAAGCAACAGGUUCCCUUUUCCUGGGGGGGGGCGGGGGGAAGAAUCCUAGAUGCCGGUGAGCCACCUGGGGUUGGAAAGGGUCACUCCGAAGCUCUCCACAUUUCCUGCUGAAAUACGGGGCCUGGCAUUUGCCAACGGCUGUGGGCAUCACCAGGAUGACCUGCUGGCCAAGUAGGGGAAGGAAGCAGGGCUUUGCAACCGGAAGAUGUUAACUGAUCAUUAGGAUGUUAACUAGGAACUGAGACACUCGCUGAAAAUGCUGACACUGGGACUAUCCCCCUCCCCAGGGUUAUUUGCUGGGCAUUUCCUGGGACCCUGGCCCUGCCCCAACCCCCUCCCCCCUGCCUGGGCCCAUCUCUGCAGACUCCCGGACCACACCUGAGCUGAUGGGCUGGGAGGCCUGCAAUUCCCUUCUGGGCCCCACCUCUGCCCUGUCUUGUGCUGUACCUUUAGGGAGGUCCCUGGGCCUCUCUGUUUCUCAGUUCCCGAUCUGUCCAAGAGGAAGCCUGGUACCUGCCCACUCCAGAGCUUUUGGCAGGACUGGCACAUUUUAAAAGGCCCAAGACACCUUGCAAAGAGCAGGUAUUGUUUUUAGUCCAAUUCCUAAUCUGUUCCUCUGUUGAGGGAAGUGGGGAAGGGAGGACAUUCAGAGUUUUUGCCUUCAUGUAACAAGUGUUGGUUGCGUGUCUGGGGUCCCCCUCAUCAGAUCAAGGCCCAUAAGGCCAGUCAGUCCGUGCCCUUGUGAUGCUCCAGGUCUUAGACCAUCUGCUUCUCCUCUGCCUGGUAUUCGGACCUGAUCUCAACUUCAGAAGCCCUACUCUUGCCCCUUCAAGGAUCCCUGAUUAGUUCUUUUUCCCUUAUGAACUUGGGAAACAUGCCCAGGUUUUAAUUUUGCAGCAGAAUCUUUAGGGGAGUGACUGGCACCCCAGCAUUUGCCAAGAUAAGAGUUUGCAAACCUAGGCGGCGCGCGGCACCCAGCUGAAGUUGGUCCGCUGGAGCCUUCUAUUUCCCCCGCGUGCUGGGUGUGGGCAAGGCCACGCACAGGCCCCCUGUGAGAGGGCUAGUCACCCACAGGACCGUGGUUCUCCAGGCAGCAGCUCCACUGACUGGAUUGAGCCAUAGUCGCAAGCCCCGGUGGUCUCGGCGGCCUGGGGGAGCCAGCUCCUCUCUCUUGUCCCCUCGGGUUCCAGCCAGGGUCAGUGCAACCACUGCCAGGAAUCCAGGGAUCGAGGGCCUGGACCCAGGGUGGACCAGGCCAUGUGCCUGGUGACCUAUUACCUGGGAAGAAGGGAGCUGGUGGCCUGUUUAACAUGCUCUGCAGCUGCUAUAAAUAGCCUCCCUGUUUCCAAGAGGAAUUAAGGGUGUGUUUAUCUUCUAAAAACCAGACAUUUCCUGAUGCUCGAAACUGAUUUCUUCAGCGCUGCAGAGGAGCUGCCCACACCGCCCUCUAGGUUCUGUCUGGAGAGGGGGCAGGAGGAAGAGGGAAGGGAACCCCUCUCCUUUAUUUGGCAUCACUGUGUGCCUGGCACUGGGCUGGAGAGGUGCAUCCCCAUGUCAGUCCUGUGAGGGAGGUCUUAGUACCAUAUUGAGUCGUAUCAAAGACACCACUGAUGACAAAACACACCAUUCUAUGUACCACUAAGGGAAAAACACUGCCGAUUUCAACUGUAAGGUGCCACAGCUAUUCGAUUCAUUUUACUCCAACAUAAGUGGAGAAGCUGUGCUCCUAGAAUCAGUGAAAUACGAUAUUAUCCCCAGUUGGCAGGUAAGAGAACUAAGGUGCUGGAAGUGAAGCAGGAGGUGACAGGACUGGGCUUCAAACCCAGGAGCGCGUGAUGCCAAAACCCACGCUCUCCGCUGCUUGGCCCUGAGCCCAGAAAGCUCGAGACUGCUUGAGUUUUCUUCCUUGAAGCUCACCUGGGCAGCGCCUGGAGAGAGCUGGGCACCCGCCCCUGUGUGAGGGUUCCAGCCCCAGACUGCGGCCCCUGUGCCGCCCGGAACCCUGGGAGCACAAGUGUCCUUCCUUUCAGGCUUAUCUGCCUACUGUCCACCUUCUCCCGGCAGAGCUGAGCCACGUGUGAGCUUGGGUCCAACCCAAGGGCCUCCUCCUGUUACGUGGGGGUGCCCACCAGGGGCAACUUCGGGGAGACACUUGUCCCACCACCUUCCUGGGCCUCAUGACCACCACCCCCCUAAGUAGGGCCCCCAGCGCAAGGACAGGAAGACCAGAGGAUACCCCCAUUGUUGUGGUCUGGUGCCUGUUCAUGCUGAACCGCCAGAGAAAUUGAGCUGUUUCCAAGUCGAGACAAACUCCUUUUUCCAGCCCAUUCUCAGAACUGGGAGUCUUCUGGGAUUUAGCUACCCAGGGCAGCUGCUCCCCUAAGUACAGCAAUGCUUUGUCAGUCAUCCGACAACCACUGGUCAGCGUGGCCUGUGUUCUGGACAAAGGGAUGGGAACCGGGUCUAAAGACAAGGCCUGCAGGGAGCUCGCAGUCCAGAGCAGGAGGUGGGCAGAUUUGUAAACUUGUAUUGGACCCAUCUAGUGCUGGGUCCUGUGGUAGCACUUAGUAGGUACUCAUUAAAGAUUUACUGAGUAAAUCAGAAAUCAGGUUAUGAGUCUUCAGGGUUUGGUAAAACAUCAUGUAUACAUGCACACAAAGUCAUUCAACAGACAUUUGCUGAGUGCCCACCAGGCGUGGGGUGCUGGGAGGACGGAGCUGAGCGGAUAGGACCCCAGCUCUGACGUCAGAGGGAGUGACAUUAUGAGACAUUUGGGGCAGAGUCCAUGGGCUUUCCUGGCCAUUCUGUUGCCUCGGGGGUCUAUCUUAGUGAGUACACAACUGCUUUCCAGACCCAGAGCCCCCUGCACACUUCAGAAAGCCUCCUCUGAAUUAGGAAUGCCGGGCAUCUCGUAGUCACUGAGUUGCUGCCGAAAUGGCCUUGGACAGAACCCUCAAGAGCCCCACCGACCGAUAAUCGCCUUCAGGUCUUGCCAGGGAGACACAGGGAGGCAGCUACCUGCUACUUUCAGGCCUUGGGACUGGUGGCUGGCAAUCAACCCCCAAGUCGGCAGAGAACCCCCAGUCAGUUCCAGAAUAGGGUUGUGCAAACUCUUGGCGAAUGAGAGCACCUUCCGCUGCUCAAUCCUGUCUCUGACCCGGUUCUGGCAGAAGGACUCCGGCUCGGGAACACGUGUCCUCCCGGCAUCUCUCGGUAUUUAAUUUUCUCACCGUCUUUCUCAAGUCCCUAGUGAGAUGACUUGUACAACAAUUUGUCUGUGCCUUAUGAAAGUGUCUGUGCACUUUUAAUCCUUUUUGAAAGCAACUUUAAAAAGUGGGCCGGGGACUAGCAUACGUGGUAGUGUUCUAGAAAUCUGUGCUCAUCACUGAAACCCUUCUGCAUUGUGUAUUUGAUGUUGGAGUGAAGAAGUGUACGUCCCCCGCCCCACCCCACUACCUGUGUACAGACCUUUUUAAAAAUGUCUCUUUUUCUGAUUCAAUACUGUGACCUCUCCAAUACAGUCUAAUCUUUGGAGAUCUGUAAUAAAGGUUUCAAAACCUGGGGGGAAUGGGUGGGGAAGGGUUUGCACUGGUCCUGUGUGUUGUGCUCUUGCGUGUUGUGUGUUUUGAUUUUUGUCUGUUUUUAUCCGUUUUAUAUUAACAUAAUUUUCCUGUUUAAAAAAACAAAUACAACUUUGGCUUGUUAAGAAAGUCUCUUCAGGACUCAGUUUUAAAAAUCACAGUUGCCUACACAGUUGGGGAGUGGAGGUGAGGGAUACAAAUCAUUGCCAGCCUUGAGGAGACAAUUUGCAAAAUGUCUAUAGAACCCUGAGAAUAUUCAAACCUUUUGCCAAGUAACUCCUGAGAAAAUAUCCCCAGGAAAUAAUUCUUGUUGAGGAUAAGCUCUAUAUAUAAAGAUGUUCAUUGCAGCAUUAUUUAUAAUGAUGAAAAACUAGAAGCAAGCCUGAUGACCAACAACCAGGGUUUAUAGUUGUCCCCCACCAUUCUGUCAUCAGGGGAUUGGCUCCAGGACCACCCUGCCUUGGAGUAUCCACGGAUGCCCAAAUCCCUUAUAUAAGAUGGUGUCGUAUUUGCAUAUAACAUACGCACAUCCUCCCAUAUACUUUAAAUCAUCUCUAGAAUACUUAGAAUACCUAAUGCAAGGCAAAUGUUAUGUAAAUAGUU